ACUCUCGAAUGUGAGUCGUUCAAAAAGAAAACGGUUCGUUCGCGAUUCGCUCAUCCUUGGUGUCGUUUUUGUUUUUCCCACAGAGGCGAUAUGGCAACACCCGCCGCUGUUAAUCCGUCCGAGAUGGGCACAGAGCUGCCUGGGCCGGUAACCAUGGCAGGUGCUGUUGUGGGUGCAGGACAGGUGAGAAUGGGGGGCAACAUGCCAGGACGUGGGGGCAAGAGAAGAUCAACAGGGAUGGACUUUGAUGAUGAAGAUGGAGAAGGGCCGAGCAAAUUUUCAAGGUAUGAUGAUGAUCAAAUGCCCGCUGAUAAGGAACGGUAUGCCAGAGAGAACCACAGCGAGAUUGAGCGACGCCGGCGUAAUAAAAUGACGCAGUACAUCACUGAGCUGUCGGACAUGGUGCCCACUUGCAGUGCGCUGGCCAGGAAACCCGACAAGCUCACCAUCCUGCGUAUGGCCGUGUCACACAUGAAGUCUAUGAGAGGAACUGGCAACACGUCCACUGAUGGAGCCUAUAAACCCUCCUUCCUCACUGAGCAGGAACUGAAGCACCUGAUCCUGGAGGCGGCUGAUGGUUUCCUGUUUGUGGUGGCGGCUGAGACGGGGCGUGUGAUCUACGUGUCGGACUCGGUGACCCCCGUGCUGAACCAUCCUCAAUCCGAGUGGUUCGGCAGCACUCUGUAUGAGCAGGUCCAUCCUGAUGAUGUGGAGAAACUCCGCGAGCAGCUCAGCACCUCCGAGAACUCCAUGACUGGCCGGAUCCUGGACCUGAAGACAGGGACAGUGAAGAAAGAGGGACAGCAGUCCUCAAUGAGGAUGUGUAUGGGCUCCAGACGCUCCUUUAUCUGCAGAAUGAGGUGUGGCAGCGCUCCUCUGGAUCACAUCUCUCUCAACCGUCUGUCGAGCAUGAGGAAGAGAUACAGGAAUGGACUCGGGCCGUCAAAGGAAGGCGAGGCUCAGUAUUCAGUGGUGCACUGCACUGGCUACAUCAAGGCUUGGCCCCCUGCAGGAAUGACAAUCCCUGAAGACGAUUCAGAAGCAGGCCAGACCAGUAAAUACUGCCUGGUGGCAAUCGGAAGACUUCAGGUGACCAGUUCUCCAGUCUCCAUGGACAUGAACGGGCUCUCUGUACCGACAGAGUUUCUGUCUCGUCACAACUCAGACGGCAUCAUCACCUUCGUGGAUCCCCGCUGCAUUAACGUGAUUGGCUACCAGCCACAGGACUUGCUUGGUAAAGACAUUCUGGAGUUUUGUCAUCCUGAGGAUCAGAGCCACCUAAGGGAGAGCUUCCAACAGGUCGUCAAGCUGAAAGGUCAGGUCUUAUCGGUUAUGUACCGUUUCCGGAUGAAGAAUCGUGAGUGGAUGCUGAUCAGAACAAGCAGCUUCACCUUCCAGAAUCCAUACUCGGAUGAGAUUGAGUACAUCAUCUGCACCAACACAAACGUCAAACAACUCCAGCAACAGCAGCAGGCGGAACUGGAGGUUCAUCAGAGAGACGGCCUGACAGCAUAUGAUCUCUCACAGGUGCCAGUGGGCAGCGUGCCGGGCAGCGUACACGAAGCAGGAAAGAGCAUUGACAAAACGGAGACGCUGUUCUCUCAGGAGAGAGAUCCACGUUUCAGUGACAUGUACACAGGCAUCUCUGGCUCGGAUAAGAAGAUGAUGGUGCCCUCGUCCACUGCAGGAGGACAACAGCUGUAUUCCCAGGGCAGUCCUUUCCAGCCAGGACACUCGGGCAAGAACUUCAGCUCUUCAGUGAUCCACGUUCCCGGAGUAAAUGACAUCCAAUCAUCUGCCGGUUCAGCGGGUCAGAAUUUGGCUCAAAUUUCUCGUCAGAUUAACUCCAGUCAGGUGCAGUGGUCAGGCAGCAGGCCACCAUUCUCUGGCCAGCAGCAGCUCCCGGCUCAGUCCAGUAAAGCUCAGUCUUCUCCAUUCGCCAUCGGCUCAAGCCACAGCUACCAGGCAGAUCCGUCCUCUUACAGCCCACUGUCCAGCCCAGCCACUUCCUCCCCCAGCGGCAACGCCUACUCCAGUCUGACCAAUCGCAGCACUGCAUUUGAUGUUGCAGGUGAGGGCAGUCAGAGCAGCGCCCAAUUCCAGGGUCGGCCGUCUGAAGUUUGGUCUCAGUGGCAGAGUCAGCAUCACAGCCAGCAGAGCGGAGAACAACACACACACACUCAGCCCAGCCAAUCUGAGGUGUUCCAGGACAUGUUGCCUAUGACUGGAGACCCCACACAAGGAACAGCCAACUACAACAUUGAAGAUUUCGCCGAUUUGGGCAUGUUCCCUCCAUUUUCUGAGUAACAGCAGACUAAAUUGCUUUCUGGGUCAUUUUUAUUUUCUCUAGAUUUCAUGAUCAUCAUCUCCAUCUUCAUGAAGAUCAAUCAGUAAAACUCACACCAACACUUAAUACUGAGUUUCACUGCCACACUCUGAUACUGGGCUGUAAAACAAACAAAAAACUUCCUGUAAGUACACAAAGAAAACGUCAUGUUUCUUUUUCAGUAAAUCUGUGCGCAAUCUAUCUUGUGACUGAUUACCUGGUAAACACUAGACAUGUGCCGAUAUAUUUCUUACGUAAAUGCAGUGAUCAUGUACGAAUCGGAAAUCCAUAAUCAUGCUCACAAAUCUGUAAGUGUAAUUAUAAUGUCCGGAUUACAAUUAAGAAGCUUUACAGUGUUCACAUCGCGAUUACAGAUCUCAGUUAGUGGUUACACUGCUGUUGUAAAUACUUUCUGGAUGGUCAAAACACUGCAGUUUCGCCAGAAGAGUUUAUUGUGCGCUCAGAAGACAUGGGCAUUCCAUAGUCUAAACAUGAGCUGGACACAGUCGACUGUUUAUACCAAUAUGUGUGUGCAAGACACACGCGAAGACAACAUAGAUAAUCCCAAGGCUAAGAUAAGAGUAAGGCUUAAAAACAAGAGCAAGGACAGAAAACAGGCAUAGGUACAUUCUAAGUGAACAAAGGACAGCCACAUAUACAUCAUGGGCUCAUGGUUAAGCAGAAAUCAAAUUGAAUUUUAAUCUUAAUGAUUAAAUCAUGUAUCAUUAUUACAUAAUCAUAGAAAAAAAAGGAAAAUUAUACCACACCUCCACAGCAAAUUUGAGGGCCAGGACCAAGUGAUAGCUAGAGAUAGCUUUAGGGGCGGAGCUAAGUGGAUGCUGCAGAUAGCUGAGGGGAAGGGGCUGAAACUAAACAUUCUGUGAGCUACAGCUCGUGUCAAGUUAACUCUAAUUAAUUACCUACAUACACAAUUACUUCUGACAGUAAGUUACUCUAUAUACAGUAAAUAAUUAAUAGUUUUAAUGUUGUAUUUUUGGACUACAUUUACAUGUAUUUGUUUCAUUGGAUGAAAAAGGAGCCAUAUAAACUCAUGAUUUUGUGCUUUGGACACAGGAAGUCAAGCACAGGCUUAGGAAACAAUACAAAACCAUUGGGAGUACUAAAGUUUUUCAGAUGUUUCGAUAAAAUUAUUACUGAGAAUAGAUGCCAAAAGACAUAAAUUUAUUCAGCAAUAAGGACUUAACAUUGACUGCUAACUGAACUGACAUUAAUGUGUGAAAUGUUGUGAACAUCACAAGACUUGGUCGUUUAUACACAAGCAUCAGUCCAGUGUAGGGAUGCAUCAGUACAGUUUUUUUAAGACUGAGUAUGAGUACAGUGUUUUUUGGCAAUUGUUGAUGCUGAAAUCCAAAAUGACAAGGCUUAAUUAUUAUUAAACACAAUCAUGGUACGUGUUAUUUAGCACUUCCUUGGUUUAUGUGGUGGCCAUAAAAAGCGCAUGUGUGUGUUCAUGCAUUUAUGCUACUGGGCUCACUCUUUAUAAAGUACAAGUUGAUUUUAAAUAAAAGGCAUUAGCUAGCUACAGUAUUUACUUCGGAUUGAGAUGGGUUGCAGCGGAGAAGAGCGGGUUUUGUUUCACUUUAGAAAAGGGCUUUUGUGUAGCUGUAAAUAAAGUACUUUUUUUUGUAUUGCCUCGGAAGCCGUCGUUGUCAGUGACGAUAAUGGCAAUCAUCAAGAACAACAUACUAGGCAAAAGCUGUUAUACCGCAUACAACUUACCUCAGAAGUAAUUCGCGUGACAGAGUGAUGCCAUUUUUGAGCUUGGUGCAUUCGAUACACACGGUGGGAAAAAAAUGGAUGCCUCGACGUUUGUCUUUUGUUAGCAACAAGCUAGCCAGCUAACUAUGAUAAGUGAUAAUCCUAACCCUAACUCUUUCCUCUUUAAACAGUAAACCGUAUAGUCAAUGUUAUGGAUUUAACAAUCGAAUAUAUCUGUAUGUUGAUGGAUCUGAACCAAAUACUUGUAUACACAGCAUAACUGUGGGCAGCCAUGUUGAUUUUGACAUCACUCCACAAAUUGGGAAGGAACUCAGUUGAGAAAACGACCCCAAGUUGACGAGUAGGAAUUUCAAGUUGAGGGCGGCUUUUCUUUGGCUUUUCCUGAUUGGAGUUUGGAAAUUGGAAAGUUGCAACCUCGAGUUGAACACAGCAUUAUUUUCACUCACCUAGCAUUGUCUGUUGACUUUUUUCCCCACUUAGCCAGCAUUUGCUGCAGCAAUGAAUUCCUCAUGCUGAGUCUAAUUUUUAAGAUGUUUUAUCAGGUUACAUGUACUGUAGGAAGAUGCUGUGGUAACUCCUUGAUAUUUCCACAGAGCACAGUUUGCAGUCUGCUUUGCUUUGAUUGCCAUCAUUAAUCACGAAAUACGUCCAGAUCGCUGUCAUUUCAUAUCGUCUGUUCAUUAGUGCGACAACAUACACUAGGCUUACGUCACAUAGUAUCAAAUGGUAUCUGACUUUAGUGUCAGACAUUAAGAGUAUGAGUAAGUGAGCACAGUAUCAGACUGACUCCAGUAUCACUACUGAUGCAUCCCUAGUCCAGUGGUUUAAAAUCUUUUUUAGGUGAAUAUAAAGAAGGAUAUCUGAAGUUACCAAACAUGGGCAAAAUAGUGUACCUUAGAAGGGUUCUGCACUUUUGUUGCCUUCUAGGUGGGACAGUAUUUAUCUCUGUAGUGCAAACGCUGCCGAAAACAGCCUCCUCCCGAAUGAAAUGCAGGGCAGGUAACUGUGUAACAGUAUAGUGAUAACAACAUUGAAGAUCGCAAAAUAUAACCUGGUCAGUUAUCGGCACAUGCCUAGUAUACAUAUUUCAACACUCCUCAAGACAGAAGGCUUAAAGAGAUGGCUAAGUCAGUAUGAGAGUCUCUGCUGUAAUAUCAUGUACGAUAAGUAUUUUCAGUGUUUCCUGUGAUGAAUUCUACACUGCACCAGCAUUAUGCUUAGUGUGGCAUAUAUAGUCUAUAUGUAGUGAUGUCCAUAAUAUAGAUGAUCUAAUAAUAGUCGUAGAUGGUUAUGUAAACAAAAAGUGUUCCAUUUCGAGCAUCAGAUUCGAUGCUUUUUUUUUAAACAUUCAAGUGCUCUUCAUCAGCAGCCUCAGUGCAGCAAAUCAGCAUUGCGUGUACAGCGUGUAUCAUAGUCUUUGUGGCUGCAGCGAUUCUUUGUGACCUUUACUUUUUAACCUAACAGAUAUUUUAUGGUUUCAAUCUUUUACACAAAGAGUGUAACACAACUGAAUGAAGGACUGAUGGAAAAAAAAAACUUUUUGCUAAAUGAAAAUGGGUGUUUUUAUGUAAAUACUGUGAUUUUUACGUCUGUUCACAUACACAGCUCCAUGUGUGCUCGUGUAGGUUUAAUAUCAUUAUGUGCAAUGUUCCUGCAUAUUUAACUCUCGGUAUUUAGUUAGCCUGGUUAUUGUACAAUGAGUUUAGACUUGUAUAAACUGUGUAAAUGUGUCCCGUUCAUUUUUGUGACAACAAAUUGUGCUUGUGACAAUAAAUUCAUUGAAUAUGUGGAUUUCAA